CAUCACAGUUAAACUUUGAAGGAGGUUGAAGCCGCGAAGGGUCUUUAAAAACCCGAGUGCACAUAUGCGUGGAGGUCUGCCGUGAGUCAGUAGAGUUCACUACUGAACCGUCGCGGAGAGACGUUUCCGCCCACAAGAAAGAUGGCGGCUCCCUUGCUGGAGAAUCUGUCGGAGUCCUUAGGUUCCCCGGAGCCAGCGGUUCGACUAAUAUUAUCUAUAAUAAUCGGGUAUCCCUGUGCUCUUGUGUACCGGCGGUUCUUGUUCUACCAGCCUGCCGCAGUUAUACACUUGUUCCACGUGUUCUCCGGAGUGGCUCUAGCAGCAUUCAACUUUGGCUCUCAGAUCUAUCACUCCGCAGUAUGCAUCCUCAUCCAAUUCCUGAUGCUGAGGCUCAUGGGAAGGACGGUAACAACUGUCCUGAGCAGCUUUACCUUUCAAAUGGUAUACCUGCUGGCAGGGUAUUACUACACAGCGACGGAGGAGUAUGACAUCAAGUGGACUAUGCCUCAUUGUGUCCUCACACUCAAACUUGUUGGUUUGACAUUUGAUUACUAUGACGGCGGGAAGGAACCAUCCCAGUUGAGUUCAGAACAGAAGAAAGCAGCUCUGCCUUCUGUGCCCUCUCUGCUCGAAGUGUGCGGCUUUUCCUACUUCUAUGGAGGCUUCCUGGUGGGGCCCCAGUUUACAUUGCGCAGCUACCAGAGGCUGGUGGCAGGGGAGCUCUCCGACUGCCCAGGAAAGCCUCCAAACAGCAUUGUGCCGGCUUUGAAGAGGUUUGCUCUGGGUUUUCUCUGCUUGGCGAUAUAUGCAAUAUUUAGUCCCUAUUACCCAGACAGUUACUUCUUAACAGAUGAGUAUGAGGCUCAGCCCUUCUGGUAUCGUUGUGUGUUUUUACUGAUUUGGGCUAAAGUCAUUUUGUAUAAAUAUGUCAGCUGUUGGGUUAUAGCGGAGGGUGUAUGUAUAUUAUCUGGACUAGGCUACAAUGGUGUAGUGGAUGGGAAGCACCAGUGGGAUGCCUGUGCCAAUAUGAAGGUGUGGCUCUUUGAAACCACGCCGCUUUUUGGAGGAACCAUUUCUUCCUUCAACAUCAACACAAAUGCCUGGGCUGCCAGACAUGUCUUCAAGCGGUUGAAAUUCCUGGGCAAUAAAACCCUCUCUCAUGUGACCACACUCUUCUUUCUGACGAUUUGGCAUGGUCUUCACUCCGGAUACGUCUUGUGCUUCUCCAUGGAGUUCUUCAUCAUCACUGUAGAGAGACAGGCCCUUGCACUAGUGAGGGACAGUCCCUUGCUGACAAAGCUGGCCAACAGCGCAUUCUACCCUCUCAUCUAUAUAGUCCAACAGUUUCUCCACUGGCUCUUCAUGGGCUACCCUCUAGUGCCAUUCUGCCUCUUCACCUAUGACAAAUGGCUCAAGGUGUAUUCGUCCAUCUAUUUUUGCGGUCACGUAUUCUUCCUCGUAGCCUUUUUAAGCAUACCAUACCUCCGUAAGGUGCUGGUGCCUAGGAAAGAGCGGAGUCCGAUAAAGCAGGACUAAAACUUGGUAAUAAGAUCUGGCAUGGUCCAUCUAAGGCUAAAUAUCCACUGAAGGGAACUGUGACUUUCAUGGAGCAGAAUGGAAUAUUAUUUAUAUAUAUAUAUAUAUAUAUAUAUAUAUAUAUAUCCCCAUGUAAAAAUAAAAUUCUAUAUAUUUUUGUGUUUUAAA